UUUGUAACGAAUGAUUUAUGUACUGAAAACUACAAAUGAACGUGUCCGUUAAAUCUGAAGGAGCAUCAAGGUAUAAAGAUUCCAGCAGACGAAUGACAACAAAAGAGACUGAUAGAAGUCGCGCGCGAGACAGUGGAUUUUUUCACGACUUCACUGAAGAAUUGCUGUUUUUUCGGUUCUGUUGCUUGCCGCAAAUAACGUUUACUUGGUCGUGGUGAAAGUGUCAAGGAAUAUGAAGAGAAGAAAUGUCGAGUGCGGUAAGCUUCGGAGGCCCUUGAAACGCAACAAGCUCACCGAGGGAAUCUACGGAAGUACUUUGCUUUAUCUAAAAUUUCUUCUGCUAUGGGCCAUGGUAAUUUUGGCAGACUUCAUUUUAGAAUUCCGUUUUGAAUUCUUGUGGCCAUUUUGGCUACUUCUGAGAAGCGUUUACGAUUCUUUUAAAUAUCAAGGCUUGGCCUUCUCUGUGUUUUUUAUUUGUAUCGCACUUACAUCAGAUAUGAUUUGCUUCUUUUUCAUACCAGUACAUUGGUUGUUUUUUGCUGCCAGCACUUAUGUUUGGGUACAAUAUGUUUGGCACACAGAUAAAGGUGUGUGCCUACCAACUGUGAUGCUAUGGUUACUAUUUCUAUAUAUAGAAGCAGCAGUUCGAUUAAGAGAUUUACGACAUAUGCCUUUUCAUUUGGAUCUCUGUCGGCCGUUUGCAGCGCAUUGCAUCGGUUAUCCUGUAGUUACAUUAGGUUUUGGUUUUAAAAGCUACAUUGGCUACAGAAUGAGACAGAGAAAACAGAAAGAUGUAGCAAAAGAAAACGAAUUCUAUCUACAAUUGUUGCAGCAAGCACUGCCUUUAGAGCAACAAACCUCUACUACGAUGCAACCGAUUCAGCAAGUUCAAUCGCAAACACAUAUUACUACAUCGUUAGAACAACACGUUAAAACACAGUCUAAUAAAUUAAAUUCGCAGUGCAAUCCAAGCCCUGAGAAAAGUAGAGGUAGAAACAAUAAUAAUUCUGUGGAAACGGGUGUACAAAAUGGUAAUUUACAUAUAGGUUCACAAAUUACACCGCAGAACCAAAAUGUUACGACAAAAAAUAAUCACAGAAAAUCGUUAGAUAAAGGUGAAAAACAAGAGGAACAACAUAAUAAGCAUAAUGUAACAAAUGUGUCUCAAUCAGAGAAAAAUGAUAAAAGGUUUAUACAUACAAAUGGAAAUACAAUUGCUCAGAGUGAUAUACAGUUCAUUGAAAGAAUCGGAUCAGUAAAUGAUUUUGAUGCGAACGAAGUAGAAAAAGACAAAUUCAUUAAGAGUGGAAGUUGCGGACACGCUACAAUGAAAUCACAGACUAAUGGUUCGGUAGCCGGAAAAUGGAACAAUAUAAAGGAGAACCGGGAACCGUCGUCCACUGUUAAUACGCAACGAGAACGUAAAACUCGACAGAUGAAAUCUACAGUCGAUAACAUAACUGAACAACAAAAACAGCAAGAUGAUUAUUGUCAAAGGUUACUGAUGUGUCGCAGGCUCGAGGCAGACAUAAAACGUUUGAAAUCGGAUCUACAAUCCAGUCGACAAUUAGAACAGGAACUUCGUUCUCAGAUAAAUACUUUACAAAAUGGGGAACGUCAAGCUAAGGGUGAUAUACAGCAGCUUCAACAUGAUAACGAUCAGUUACAAAGCAAGUUACACGGAUUGGUAACAGCUCGUCAAUUAGAUAAACAAACAAUGUCAUCGUUGGAGAAACGUAUCGCAGAAGAACGGAAACAACGUACCGCUUGCGAAGCGUCUUUAGUUUCCGAAAGACGGGCGCGAAGGGCAGCGGAAGAAGCACGUUCUGCGAUUCCACCACCUCCCCCGCCACUAAUUAGACAAGAAUGUACAGAUACGUGUAAAACUCGGAGAUCACAAAUGGAACAAGAUCUCAAGAAUCUGCGACGAGAGCUUAAAACGAAAGAGGAAAGGUGUAUCGUGCUAGAAAAAGAUGUAACUCGUUGUAAAGAAAAUCAUAAAGAAUCGGAAAUUUUACUUGGCGCACUUAACGUGCUACAAGAUAAAACUGCUCAUUUAGAAGACAGUUUAAGUGCAGAAACGCGAAUAAAACUCGAUUUAUUCUCUGCACUUGGCGAAGCUAAGCGACAAUUAGAAAUAAGAGAAAGUUUAAUUAGAUCUCAAGAGAAGGAAAUUGAAAUGCUAAAAACAAAAAUAGCCCAAGAUUUAGCUGUGAUGCCACAAGAUACAUUUGGACCUGCGCCAACCUGUGCGACAUCUAAACUUCGGUUAAGUAACGAAGUACGAGUUACAGGUACAAAAAUACGUUCAAACGAAAGUCCCUGUCCAGGGUGUACAGUGUCGAACUUGGAUCCAAAUGCGACAGCAUAUACACCUAAGAAUUCCUUAAUAGCAUCUACCGAAGCUUGAACAACUACAAUUGUGGCCACAUUAAGGCUUUACAAAAAUUCGGUAUAUAUUACAUGAACAUGUUUCAGUCUGUUUCUCAAUGGAAGUUGAAAUACCACUUUUAAUAUUACAUAUUACUUUGUUACAACACAAAUUUUCCGAUUAUAAAAUGCUUAAAACUUAUAAAGUAAUUUGGUUCUCUCAAAAUUUAAUUCUAAUACUUGUGUAUAUUUCUGUUUUCUUUUGCUGCAAAAAUAAGUUUGACAAGAAAGAUCCUUUGUAAGGUCUUCCAUGAGAGGCUUCUAGAAACAUGUUUUACAUUGUACUUGUCACGUGAAGUAAUACAACGUUAUUAACUACGUAUAACCCUGGGACGUGAUUAACAUUGAGUUUAAGAGUAUUUCAUAGUUAGUUACGUUCCAUUAAACAUGCUGUAGGUUGAUCUAACAGAUAUCUUCUUUAACGUGUUGGCGUUUUUUGUUAAAAAGUAUUAGGACAACAAACUGAAGUGAACAAUGUCGUGCAGAAUAUACUUGUUAUCAGUAAUUAAGUUUUAAAUUAAAUUUAAUACUUCUAUAUAGAUUGUAAUGUGAUAAAUGACAUUCGGUAUCACUAAAUGUGAUUUAUAAAGAAAAAAAGAAAUGUGUAAUUAACUGAAACUAUACAUAUAUUUUACUAAUUUUUUAUAGUGUUCGAUGUACAUGAAUUUUCACAACACAAUCUUUACACAUACAACAAGUGAAAUAAUGUACAUUGGAACAAUAAGUGAGUAGAAGCAUAUCUAUUAUUAAUUAGAAAGGUUAAAAAUCAAAGAUUUUAAUCUGUACGCGAUCCUCCUACAGCAUACGCCUAAAUCUAUUGACGACUUGCUAUGGAGAAAAAGAAAUCUUACUCAAGUCGUAAUCCGAAGCUAGUCCAGCAUACAAACUGUAUUUAAUGUCUUUGGCAAAUGAAGCCAAUUUAAGUCAUGUGAUCAUCCAGAACCAGCCAUUAAUAUACAUUGAAAAACCUGCCGUUCAUCAUUCGAAAUGAUUGAUGUGAAUGUCAAGACGCCAAAUUCAUUUUAAAUGUUCAUUAUUGCAUCAAUACUCUCUCUCACACAUACACACACACUCUCUCUCUUUCAUUUCUCUACGUUUUUUAUAUUUUUAAAUGUCUUUAAUGUUUUUUAGUUUCGUAGUUCAAUUGUGUAUUGGCUUUCGAACGGUAUGAAAUAAGUGUUAAUAUUUCGUAAUAGUUUUUCAAACAUGUACAGUGUUUAAUAUGAUGAUAGAUAGAAAAUUGUAGAAAUUUUAAGUUAGAUGUAUUAAUUGGUAAAAAAAGAAAAAGGAUGUAUCUAUUUUACACUCAAGAUUUUGACUCGUGAAAUGGAUAUCAAGACGUGAAAUAACUUAUUAUUAAUUUUAUGCAGUUCGGUAAUUUUUUUCUUUUAAAUUACAAAAAAGUUAAAAUUGAAAAGUUUGAUUAAUUGUUAAUGGUGUUAUUAGUAAUCGAAUUGCAUAAUAUUUUGUUAAACAUCCUAGUUAUAUCUUUCUAAAAUUUUGCCUGAAAACGUCUUCCUUUUACACAUUUAAUACAUGUUCCUUUUAUAAAAUAUGAUACUUUUCAUUGUAUCGAUCAGUGAUGAUAUAAUUUACUAAAACUAUUAUCAGAAGUACAUAGUAUAUAGUUUCUAAUAUUACUUUUAUACUAUUUUUUGUAUACUAUACUUUUUUUUCAAUUUCUAGCUUUGAAUUGAUUUUCUCUUUUUUAUAUAUAUAUAUAUAAAUUUUAAGAUGUAUUUAAUAAUUAAAUAUGUACAUAUAGUAAGAAUGAAUUUUCAAGCGAGAUUUAAUUGAUUCUUAUUUGAGUUUAGCAUUGGAAUAUUUGCUUGAAAAGUAUCAAAAUUCAUUUUUCAAUUAGUUUUGCAAUAAACUUGCAAAAAGUUAAAUAUUAAUUCUGUAUAGCUAUAUAUUAUUAUGUUGUUCCUUUAUAAAAUUCCUAGUAAAUUAAUUUUAUGCAGGAAAUAAUUGAAAAAAGGAAGAGAAAGAAAAUGGCAUUACACAUAAACGAUCUCUAAUAUAAAAUCAUUUUUACAUAUGCUUUUGAUCCGCAAGAAAGCCAGUACCUGCUUGCUUCAAUGAACAAUUAACGACUGGUUGAUAUCGUAAGAAUCAUUCUUCCAUGAUUGUAUAUAUAAGGCACUGUCAUGACAAUUUAUUCAUAGCAUAGUGGAUCAUGACCAACUAGUCAAAUGAAUUUCUAUAAGCACAAAUAUUUAUUAGAUAUCUAAUAUUCAUUUGAUAUUUCUACCCUUAUAUAAAAAAGCAAUAACAACUAUUUACUUGCGUUCAUUUAUUAAUGUCUUUAGUUUUCAAAAGUCGUUUGAUAUUCAUUACAUUGUUAAUUUACUAAUUGAUUUCAUGUUUCUUGGAUGAUCCACGUAUUAAGUGUAAUUGCAAAAUAUUUGAUGCACAAUAAAUAUUUUAAGAAUAUUUUUCAAUUUACACGAUAAUUGUAUUUGAAAAAGUUAUUUUAUUUAAAUAUCUAGAUAAAUUGCCGUUAAGAGCUACAAAUUGACUGAAUUAACAUUUGUAUAAAAAGUUGCUUUUUUCUUUUUUAUUUUAAAUAAUAGGCAAUUAUAAGUAAAAGAUAGUAAUUUUUGCUUAAAAAGUGAAAAGCAUAUCGAUACAAAAGUCGUGUAAUUUUGAAAAAAUCUAUACUUCAUUUUCUGUUCUAUGAUAUAAACAGUACUGAUAUUUUUUUAAUUAUUAUUCUUUAAUAAUUCACUGAUGUUAGCAAUUAAACUAUUGAAGAAUAAUGUGCUUACUUCGAUAUGUUAUUGUAUCUUGACAUCACUUUUACAAAAGAAACAAAAUAGUUUAUCUCAUCUAUACGCUAUUUACUGUUCCCUUGUUGAUUAUUGUUCAACCAGUGUGACAAUUAGUUUCAUCUUUAAGAUUAAUUUUCUUUUAGUUAAGAUUCAUUGAAUUUUCAUCUAUAUCAACUUGAAUCAUUAUGUGCAUAAACCCUUUUAAUGUAACAAAACAGUGUAAAUAAUUACUUAAAAUAGAUCAAAUGCAUAAAAUUACUUGUACUAAAAUUGUUUGGACACUUGCGUAGCAUAGUCAAAGCAUUGUACACGUAUUGUUAAUUUAAUUUAUUUAAAGAAAACUUGUUUUCUUUAACUCAUUUAUGAUUGUGGUGCUCUAAAAUGUCUUGCAAAUUUCUGUCUAUUAAAAUUUUCAAGAAGUGAUAGACUGGAUAGACUAAGCAAACAAAAUUUCACCCAUUAUUUAGUAUUUGAAAUGCAAAACAUAAAUGAGUUAAUUUAAAUAGGAAAAUGCCGAAAGAUUAUCCAAGACGGAAUCGUCUUAGAAUACAUACAUAUAUAUAUUUUUUUUUUUUUUUCAAUGCAUCACAUUAACAUAUGCACGUUAAGUACCUGAUCAGAGAAUGUUAUAGUAUUCGCGGCUAAUAUACUUAUCAUGGAUUUGAUUCCACUAUAAGGCUGGUUUCAUGAACAAACAGACUCUUGCUAUUUAAUUAAUUAAUAUCGUUUACAUUGAGUUAAUGUGAUAUAUUGUAGGCAUACACAAACACUUGCGCAUAUAUGUUCACUUAACUGUUCUAGCAUGUACACGUGUAUUUAAUUGCUCAUAAGAACAUCAUUUAUGUUUCACAAUAGAAUUAUUAAAUUUCAUGAAAAAGCGCUUUUCAUACUUGUAACAAACAUGUUUCACAAUAUCGAGCUUGUCGUUAACCAUUUCAGUUAUAUUAUUUCAAGCAUACUUUGACGACAAUAAUGAUUAUUGCUUAUUGUUACACUAGUGUCUGCUUCGAUUAAAGGAUUUUAAUUGGAUGUUACAACUUCCUUAUGAAUAGAAAAUUUAUUUCAAUAAGGACUAUGCUAUGAUUUUGUUUUUUUAUUUUGAAACUUAAAAUUUAGUUAAUGAUGUUAUGCAUUGUAACAUCCUUUAAGAAGAAAAAUGAAUAAAUAGGGUCACUUUUUUUUUAACACAUUAAUGCACAUAAUCAUUCUUGUUAAUAUAUUUCUGUACGUUCAUUGAUAAUAAAAAAAAUAUACAGGACAAUGUAACAAGCUGACAAUGAAACAAUGAACAAGUGUAACGAUGCAAGAUGUUUAUUAUAUUUUGAUAACCAUAUCCCAGGAAUGUAUAUGUAAUAGUGUACAUAACUUUUUUUCACAAAAUAACAAAUGAUCUAUCGGUUGUGUGUAUUCUUAUUAAGACUAAAUGUGCUUUUUUAUUAUAAAAUGGCUUGUGUUUGGAUUUAUUUUUCGGUAUGUUUUAUAUCUGUGUAUAAUUAAAUUCAGACAUGAACAUAAACAGUAUCAAAUUCGUUAAGCUUGAAACAUUUUAGAGCUAAAUUGUAAUUUAAACGAGUACUUAUAAAUGACAGCAGAAUAUGUACUUGUAUAUGCACAUAAUGUAUUAUUGUAUUUUUCUUUUUUUUGUAUUAUAUGAUUUUUGUCACAAUAAAUUGAUACGAGUUUAUUAAGAGACGCGGCAAAUAAAAAAGAAGUACUUAUAUCUGUUCUAAGUUAUCUUUUCUUUGUUUUAACGAUUGUUAAGAAAACAAACAAACUUCGAAAUUGUCUCUUGAUUUCUCAUUUGUGAAAUAAAAUAUUCUAUCUUCAUUUAUGAAAGAAAGAUGUGCGAUAUUUUUAAUAACUGUUAUUGCGGUAAAAAUUAAGUAGGUGAACUUGAAAAUACACAAAUGAAUGAAUUUUUGUUAAAAAAAAGUUGUUUAUUAAAGAGUUAUAUUUGAAUUUUGUAGUUUCUUAAACAAGAUCAAGAACUGAUAAGCUCUUAUACUUACUAUAAUCGCACAAAUGAAGUCAUGGAUGUUAUACAAUAUUAGUAUAAUACUGGAUUUGCUUCCAAAAUAGAGCUACGAAAUUUAAACGAAUAGUUUCGUUACCAAAUAGAAGCGUAUAACUCUUUGAUAAAUGAUUUUCAAACAUUGAUCUGUAACUCAAUAUUUUAUAAAAGCUGACACUGAACAAUCCACGUAUUUAAUCAAUCUUUUUCUGUUUUAUUAUGCGUUAAGGAAAUGUUGGAAGUGAAACAGUAUACGAAUCACGCUAAACUAUACUUUUUGUCUGAUAAUGUACUGACUAUGCACGCAAAUGUCCUUCUCUGCUUAAGUAUAAGUAUUAUAAAAUAAUCUCAUUUUUUUUAACAUUUGUCACGCGAUUCAUUCGUCAACUUUCCAAUUUUUUAGUUGGUGUAAAGUACUCGUCUAGUCCUUGUAAAUGUGCAUAGCUUGUUAAGAAUAACCGAAUUUUUAAUAUUUAUUUAAGCGAAACAAUGGAAGAAGAAAUUUUCAUUGAACUUACAAAAGAAAAAAAACCUUGUUCUAACAGCGAAACUUAAUUUCAUACAGACAAUGAACACAUUCUUAAUACGUAUGCUUGUAACUACAUACAUGGAUGUUCAUUAUUUCCGUAUUUGUCGUGAUCAUUACAAACCCGAUGGUAUACGAGACAUAUUACAAGAGAUUCUUCUAUGUACAUGUUGUUGUCGACUGCUCAAUCGAUACAAUUUUUCAUUUUCUUUCAAAUUAAUAAUCUUUGACGACUGUAAGCUAUUUCUCUGAUCAGGCAGGCUUGAGCUUAUUAUAGUAGAAGUUUGCCACGAUGAAAGGAUUAAAUAUGUUUUUAUAUUGGUUGUUGAACCAUUGUUCCAAACUGUUUGUUUGAUUGAGAAUAACUCUGUUUCAGUUUUCUUUUAAUUCUGUUCACAUUGUACUCCAUGAAGCCUGGAAAGAACGUCGACCCAGUAAUUUAUAAUUUUAAUUGCAGCACAGUGAAUUACGACUUUGAAUAAUCGUUCGUAUACAAAAAAAAUAAUUAACUUAAAUGUUUCAUAAUAUUUUCACACAUAAUAAAAUAUGAUAUUUUAGUAUGUAUAAAAAAAAAAACAACAAAGCUACUAUCCCAAUCUUGUUACAUUUUUUGUAAAUAAUUCUACACUUUCCUUUUACGCUGUAAAAUUUUGAACAAAAGGAAAGAAACUAGGUACUUCUUCGGUAUUAGUACUUAAUGACUCUUCAUUGUGUACUGUGUACCACCAUUUAUACGAUAGAAAUAUUUAUUAAAAUAAAUAUUGUAAAAUGACACGUGUAUAAUUUAUAUAUUACAAUUAAUAUAAUUAAAUUGUCACGUGUACAUAUAAUCGUCGUUCCUUACUUCGUCAAUUUUCUACCUCGCCCAAUUAUGUGUAUUAUCAUAUAUAUAUUUUUACUUAAUUACUAUCAAAAUAUUCUCUUCUCUACCUAUUAGAAACUUCUGUAUAUAAAAAAUUCGUGUUAUUGUAAAUGACUUUUAAAAUUGAAUACAAAAGCAGUGUAAGGGCAGUAUUUUCUAUUUAAUUGAUUUAUAAAAUGAAUGAACAUAAAUAAUUUAUGCUAUUUAUAUGAUUUUCUUAAUUCGUGACGAUGUACAAGAAGAAACUAUUUACAUGCAAAUGAUGUAUUAUGUAACUGUAAUAGUUUACCGUCACAACAUUAAUUCCAUACAAUAAUGUUCUUUGUCCCCUAUUUUUGAAUGUAUACAUUUUUGUUCACAAGCUAAAUGCACUAUUUUUAAACUUC